AUGAGCGAAGACUCGAAGCAUGCAAUCGUCUACGGUGCAUCCGGUAUUAUCGGAUGGGCCCUAGUGGAUCAGCUUUUAAGUCUUUAUCCCCAGGCUGGCACCUUCUCUAAAGUCACUGCAGUCACAAACCGGCCAAUUGAUCUAUCUGAGAUGUAUUGGCCCGAGGCGGACCACCAAACACCAGCAUUGCAGCUUGUCUCAGGUGUUGACCUUCGUCACGGUGACGGAGCUGCGUUGGCAAAUUCGUUGAAAACAAAGGUGGACAUUGAAAGCGUUACUCAUGUCUAUUACUUGGUUUUCACCGCAGUCGAUGAUAACCUCGAGGAGGUCGCAACCAAUCGUCAGAUGUUUCGGAAUGUCAUCGAUGCACACAGCUUGCUUAGUCCCAGAUUGGAGUUUGUGGCAUUUCCCGGGGGGACGAGGGCAAGUAAACUGACAAACGGAUAUGGCAUCUAUGCCCCCGGUGGCAUAUUUACACCUCCUUUGCAGGAGGAUAUGGUGAACAAUCUCCCGUCUGACUACGCCAAGACUGUUGUCUAUACGGAGUAUCGCAAGCUUCUCAAUACAGCGAGCGAAGGAAAGAAAUGGACUUGGUGCGAAGUUUGUCCGGAUGCGAUCAUUGGCUUCACCCCCAACGGCUCUCAGUUCAGCCUAGCUCUACACUGGGCUCAGUACCUCUCCUUGUAUGCAUAUAACCAUAGCAUUGGACCAGGUGUGCAAAAUACCAAAUCAGCUCUGGUCGAGGUAUCUUUCCCUGGCAACAUAGCAUCCGCCAACUCGCUGUUCUCGCCGGCUUCCAGCAAAACGAUUGCCCGCUUCAUGAUUUAUGCCUCGAUGCACCCUAAAAAGUGUGGCAGUGGUCAGCUAUUCAAUAUUGCAGAUAACGAGGUGCCAUGCAAGUAUGGCGAACUGUGGCUCCGACUGGCAAAGUGGUUCGGCCUGGUGGGCAAGGGACCCGCUGAGACCUCGCAAGCCCAAGACAAUACUUUCAAGGCUGGCGAGCUUCCUCAAGACACUUCUAUGACGCCCGGAGAGUAUGUGGCCAAGUAUAGAGACGCAUUCGCAAAGAAUGGAUGUCCAAAUGCUGUCAGUAGAGGAGUGGGGGCUGGUAAUCGGCAGUUGGACAGCGUGGGAUACUGGCUGACUUUUGACCGUCAAAUGAGCUUGAAAAAAUUGAAGGAAUCUGGAUUUGAAGUGGAUAAAGAUCCGGCCCAGGGCUGGCUGGAGACUUUCGAGAUGUUCAGGAAGGCCGGUUUGAUUCUUUAG